UUUCGUUCCGUUGUUUCAAUCAUGGUGACGCGCCGACAGCUCCGAGCGAAACAGGCGAGCGACUCGCAACCCAAUCCCAAAUCCAACGAUGCAAAUUCGGAUUCUCACUCUGAAACACCAUCAUCGUCGUCGUCAUUCUGGCCAGCGCUGGCGUCGCGGUGCACCAUCCUCGUUGGCCUGCUGCUGCUCCAGUCGCUCAGUGGCAGCAUUAUGGAGCAUUACGCCGGACUGCUCCAGUCGCACGUCGCCGUCAUGUUCUUCCUGACCACGAUUGUCGGCGCUGGCGGGAAUGUCGGAAAUCAGUCCGCCGUCGCCGUCAUCCGCGGACUCGCCACGGGCGAAAUCCAUGCUGGGAACCGGCUCAAGCUCGUCCUGCGCGAGGCCGUGGCGGGAGUGGUCAUUGCGGCCGUCGCGGCAGGCUUCAAGAUCGCGCGGAUUCUAAUCUUGAGCCCGUCCACCGCGUUCAACGACGUGACCGCAAUCGUUGUUGCUCUGGCCGCAGUCGUGUGCCUGUCGUCGACGAUUGGAACAUUACUCCCGCUUGCCUUGGAUGCCGUGGGUGUCGAUCCCGCUCACGCCGGCCCGACCAUCCAAGUCGUGAUGGACAUUUUGGGCGUCCUGAUCACCUGUGCCGUUAGCGAGAGCAUCUUUGCGGUCGAGGCCAUCACUGUUGAAAGCCAACUAUCCGCUGCAAAAGAGUUGUGACAGCAGGUCCGUGUCCAGGAUAGCAGCGCGGUACAAAAAAAAAAGCAAAUGUUCUUGAUAUCAAAUCUCAAAUCUAGAAAAAGUACAA